CCGGGAAGUGGCUUUAUUCUAUAAUAAAUCCGUGGCGCCCCCCUUACCUUAUCGAUCUACAUCUCCACGAUCCGCGAUAACUCUAAUUUUUUUAUUCUGCCAGGGAUCCCUCCGCGACGUCGGGACUAGCCGCCGAUUUUUUUUUGAAACCUCCCCGACAUCACUUCCCUCCCUAACAUCCCCCCCCAAUUGAACACCCACACACCUCACCUACGCAGCGGAGGACAGCCCUCACCAAUCCCCUCACGAUGAGCUUCCUACCGCGCCUCUCGCGCACCCCCCUCGCCCUCCGUACCCUCACGCGCCCAACCCUCCCCCGCGCCCCAGCACGCCUCACCCGCCUCUCCUCCACGACCAGCACCCCCCCUCCCCCCUCCCGCAUCGUCACAGCCCUCAAGCGCCUCGUCACCACCACCUUCCUUACCACCGCUCUCCUCAUAACCUACCUCUCCGCAACCGACACCCGCUUCACGGCGCUACACCGCCAUCUCAUCGUCCCCUCCCUCCGCUACCUUGUCCCCGACCCCGAACGCGCCCAUUCCGUAACCCUGACGGCCCUCUCAACACUCUAUACCCUCGGUCUCCACCCCCGCGAGCGCGCUCACGCUGCCGGACCAGAUCUGAGCACCACAAUCUUCGGCCACGUCCUCACCUCCCCCGUCGGCACCUCUGCCGGAAUCGACAAGAACGCCUCCGUCCCCGACGCCCUCCUCGCCCUCGGCGCCGCAUACACCGAAGUCGGCGGCAUAGUGCCUAAGCCGCAAGCCGGAAACCCCCAGCCGCGCCUCUUCCCUCCCAAAACGCCCUGAUCAACCGCUUCGGACUCAACUCCCUCGGCGC